AUGGGUGGAAAAAACUCCAAAAAAGCUAUUGUCCUUUCAACAGCAGGUGCUAGUGCAAUUACAGCAGCUUCAUCGACAGCCAUGCUGCGAAGAGAGCGCAUGGCCGAAAAUUAUUUGGUCAUCUGGGUCGAUGGAAAUAUCGACAUGGCAAAUGAAGAUUGCCAAAAUACAAUGGAACAAUUACGUGCUGUCGUCAAUCAAGUUAAUCCAUGUAAGACAGCUGAACAAUGCAUACAACAGCUUAUGGACAAUCAAGAGGAGAUCUCAUUUGUUAUCUCCUCAGGUGCACUUGGAGAACAUUUAGUGCCGGACAUUCAUGAUAUGGCAAAAUUAAAUGCCAUUUUUAUAUUUUGUGGCAAUAAACAACGGCAUCAAGUAUGGGCACAAAAUUGGCCGAAAAUAAAAGGUGUUCACACAACAAUCAAACAUAUUUGCGACAAAUUGGCAACAGCAAUCAAACAAUACAAUCAAGAUCACAUGUCGCAUCCGACGCCAUUUGGUGGUAUACACGCCAAUGUUUUACCUACAAAAUGUUGA